AUGUCUGAAGAAAGUCCAUUUAACUUGCAAGGAUAUAACAUCGUGACCAUUCUUAAACGUUUGGAAGCCGCCACUUCCCGUUUAGAAGACGUCACCAUUUUCCAGGCCGAAACAGGCAACCAAUCUAAGGCUCCUAAUGCUCAAAAAUCCAUCAAUUCCAAUCCUACACCAGCAUCUGAUGCAGACGAAUCUGUAGUAGUGGUUGUCCCUGAACCCACUGCUAAGCCCAAGUCAAUUGUUGAAUUCCAAAACUUUAUCACUGAUAACAUCGCCCCCUUUGUUGAGACUUCCAAGGGUAUAGACUCCAUUGUUGGUGAAGCUGCAGGCCAUCUUCAAAAAGGGUUUGAAGCUCAAUUGGAAUUCCUUAACAUUGCAUCGAAGACCAAGAAACCAGAUUUCUCUAACCCACGUUUCAUGGAACUCCUUGCACCAAUUAACCAAGAGAUCCAAAAGAUUUCUGAAAUUCAAGAUGCAAACCGUAAAUCCGAGUUCUACAAUCAUUUGAGUACUCUUGGUGAAGGUGCACCAGUAUUGGCCUGGAUUUUAUCUGACACUCCAGUCUCUGCCAUCCCAGAGUACAAGGAUAGUGCUCAAUUCUGGUCCAAUAGAAUCAUGAAGGAUUUCAAGGAAAAGGAUCCAAAGCAUGCUCAAUGGGUUAAACAAUUCCUUUCCAUAUUUGAAGCUUUGAAAGUGUAUGUUAAGGAAUUUCAUACUACUGGAGCUUCUUGGAAUGCCAAUGGUAAAUCAUUGGAGGAAAUCUUAGAUGAGAAGAAUGAAAGCACUUCUGUACCUGCAGCACCUCCUGCCCCUGGUGCUAGUGCUGGUGGACCACCACCACCACCUCCACCACCUCCACCACCAUCCAACUUGUUUGAAGAACAAGAGAAGCCAGCCGGAGGAAUGAAUGCAGUAUUUGCGGAUUUAAACCGCGGUGAAAACAUUACAUCUGGUCUCAAGAAGGUUGACAAAUCAGAGAUGACCCACAAGAACCCAGAAUUGAGAAAGCAAGCUCCACCAGUGGCCAAGAAGCCAGCACCACCUAAGAAACCAACUAGUUUAUCAUCUGGACCUCACGCCACAGCUCCUAAGAAGAAGCCAGCCAAGAAGGAACUUGUCGACGGUUCUAAAUGGAUUAUUGAAAACUUUACUGAAUCUGAUGUUUCAGCUCAAACUCCAAUUGUAAUUGAAGUUGAAAUGAGUCAAUCUGUUUUCAUUGGUAACUGUUCGGGAGUUACCAUUCAAAUCAAGGGUAAGGCAAAUGCCAUCUCUGUUUCCGAAACCAAGAAUUGUGGCAUUGUUAUUGACUCUUUGAUUUCAGGAAUUGAUUUUAUUAAAUCAUUCAAAUUUGGACUUCAAGUAGUUGGUACUGUUUACAUGAUUAGUGUUGAUAAGUGUGAUGAAGGUAGCAUUUACUUGUCUGCAGAAUCUGCAGAAGUUGCACAAAUCUUCACAAGUAGUACUACUGCUUUAAAUGUCAAUGUACUGGAUGCAGAUGACUACACUGAACUUGCUAUUCCAGAACAAUUUAAGCAUACCUUCAAGGAUGGAAAGAUCAUCAGUGAAGUUGUGGAACAUGCUGGUUAG